AUGGCGACUAACGUUGGCGGCAUUGAAGUACUCUUCAAGGAAGCAAAUCGUGACUUCAGCAAACGAUGGUACGAGUUCGGUCCAUCCAAAGAAGUACUUCCCAGAGGAUGGCGGAAAGCAGACGGGAGGCGCGCAUUGGACGACGACUUGAUCUUUGAGAAAGACGUUCGCAUCACGCUGCGAGAUGGUGCUACGAUCUGGGCCGAUGUUUUUCGACCUGUGCUGUCUGACACCCAGCCUGUCCCGGCUAUAUUGGCCUGGAGCCCUUAUGGGAAGCAAGGCAAUGGUGCGGCUUCAAGCCUCCACGCCCCGGUGCCAUGGCGAGCUGGCAUACCAAGAGAUUGGACAAGCGACCUUGAGAAAUUCGAGGCUUUGGAUCCCGCGGAAUGGUGUCCUCGAGGUUAUGCGAUUGUCAACGUGGAUUCUCGUGGUGUUUUCGACUCAGACGGAGACAUGUAUAUGCUAGGGACACAGGAUGGCCGGGACGGAUACGAUGCCGUCGAAUGCAUUGCUUCUCAAAAGUGGUGCAACAAAGCCGUUGGCUUCGCGGGCAACUCCUACCUUGCUGCCGCCCAAUGGUUCAUUGCUGCUGAACGACCGCCUCAUUUGAAAGCCAUCGCUCCAUGGGAAGGCAUUGCAGAUUACUAUCGCGAACUGCUGGGGCGAGGUGGCAUUCCGAACCAUGCGUUUGUUGACUAUCGCGGCAGUGGCUAUUGUGGCAAGAACCGACAGGAGGACACGGGUGCCAUGACCCGGCGAUAUCCACUUUGGAACCAGUACUGGGAUGACAAAAGUGCGAAGUUCGCCCAGAUCGACGUUCCGAUUUACGCCCUGGCUAGCUACUCGACUAUGCUGCAUACCGAGGGCACAAUGAGGGGGUUCCUGUUCUCGUCGUCAAAAGACAAGUGGCUCCGGAUCCACCACACCCAGGAAUGGUAUGAUAUAUACCAGAAAUGGGCAAACGAUGACCUGCAAAAAUUCUUCGAUCGCUACCUCUGUGGAAAGGACAACGAUUGGGAGUCGACACCGAAAGUGCGGCACAGCUUGCUCGGGUUCAACCGCGACUGCAUUGUGAACAGACCUGAGCCCGUAUACCCACCCACCUACGUCGAGCACCGAACAUUCUUCUUGGAUGGCAAGACUGGAAAGAUGGAGGAAGGUGGAGCCCCCAAUGAAUCCUAUACGAUCAGCUACCGAUCCGACUCGUGGGAUGACGACGGAGUGCACUUUGUCCACAAAUUCAGCACCUGCACAGAGCUUAUCGGCUAUUCGCAAGUCAAGUUGUAUAUGUCCUGCGCUGAGACCAACGAUCUAGACGUCUAUGUUAUCUGUCGAAAACUCGACGCCAACGGACAACCAUUGAUGCAGGUGAACAUCCCUCUCGAGGCUCUGCCGGCAGGAAUCACGGCCGAAGAUGUCCCAAACCUGAACAUUUUCAAAUACUUGGGACCAAAUGGCAGACUUAGAGCUUCUCACCGGCAAGUGGGCGCUGACCCGAACCUCAGCGAAGAGCAGACUGCAAUGCUUGCUCCUGCGGUCGCGUGGCAUCCUCACGAUAGCGAGGACAAGACUUUGCCAGGUCAGAUUGUUUGUCUCGACAUCCCACUGUGGCCGGCUGGCAUCAUUUUCGAAGCUGGAGAAUCGAUCCGGCUAGAGAUCAAGGGUCAUGAAGUGACGCUGCCAGAGUUUCCUGCGUUGGAUCGUGUCCCGGGGAAUCUCAAUCGUGGGAAACAUAUCGUUUACACUGGGCCCGAAUAUCCUUCCUCGAUUGUGCUGUCCCUGGCCUCGGGGCAGGCUACUGAACAAAGCACCAAGUAGGGUUGACGUAGUGGGUGAGACAGUGGUGGUGAAUCCAGAUGGACACAAACUUAUGAAGUAGGUAGAUUAGACCGUGUGUUGUCAAUAACGGCCGAAAGCAUGUAGCUACUGAUGAAGCCCUCCAGAGAUACAGU